UUUUGGGCGUGUGAUUCAAAGUUUAAACUGAAAUUGUUCCUACUUCCUAAGAAGUAAUAAAUAAAAUAUUGAAAUACAAUAAAUAUAAGCCAAUCCAGUAAUGUAAGCUUUUAAAUCUAGUCUUAUUAAAUAAUUCGUCUAAUUACAAAUCUCAUAACGAUGCCGUCCGCUCUUUGUAUGUUUUGCAUGAGCUUCAUUGUUUUAUACAGCGUUUAUUCUGUAUGUGGUCUCAUGUGCUGGCAUUGUGAUUCACUCCACGAUCCCAAAUGCAUUGAUCCAUUUGACAAUCACUCGAUGCCGAUGAAAGAUUGCAAACUAGAAAAAUUAGACACAUACCCUGGUGUGCGAGGUACAAUGUGUCGCAAAAUUCGUCAAAAAGUGUACGGGAAAUGGCGUUAUUAUCGGAGUUGUGCUUUUUUGGGCGAACCCGGUAUUGGUGGUGAUGAACGUUAUUGUUUAAUGAGAACAGGAACACAUAAUAUAUUUACUGAGUAUUGUACAUGUAAUUCUAGAGAUGGAUGCAAUGGCGCAUCCAACUUUUCAUUUUCAUUUGUAAGCUUAUUGUUAGCACCAGCUCUUAUUGUUUACAGAAUAUUACUAUAAUGUGUUCAUCAAACAAUACAAGUUGUUAUUAUCUGAAUACAUUUUUAAGAUAAUAGAAUAUAGUUUUCUCCAGAUAUCUAACCAUUUGAUAUUGUUUAAAUUGUUAUGAUAAAUUAACUGAAAAAUGUAACUGAUCCGUCCAUUUUUAGCUUAUUUAAUUAUA